ACUGUUGUGAAUAAAAGUGAGCGGAAAGCUUGGCUCGCUGGAGAGAAGGAUCAGUGCCCGAAACUAAAUGGAUCUGAACUGGAAUGAUUCGUACCGUUGGUUCGUACAGCACGCCGGAGUGUCAAAGUGCUGAAUCUACUUAACGAAACAAAGCGGUUCAUUUUGAUGUGCUAAAGGAAAGCGGAGCCACAAUGAUUUCUACAGCCUUGUACUUCAUCCUGCCCAUAAUAGAUACGGUAGUUCAGACUGCAGGUGUGAAUCCUCCCCCUGCCCUUACCCGCGUUGACUGUGUGAAGGCCAAUGAAUUAUGUACCAGUGACUCGGCCUGCAGCAGCAAGUACCGUAUCCUUAGGCAAUGCCUGGCCGGGAGCUCCAGCAUGGUCACCGGACCAGAAGCCAAGAACGAGUGCAUCAGCGCUAUGGAGGUAGUCCAGCAGAGUCCGUUGUACAACUGCAGGUGUAAGCGGGGCAUGAAGAACGAGAAGCGAUGUCUCCGAAUAUAUUGGAGCAUUCACCAAAGUUUCGUACAUGGGUUUACUAUCACAGGUCAUGACCUGGUCGGUUCUCCCUAUGAGCCACUGAACAACAGACUCUCAGACAUAUUCCGAGCAGCGUCCAUCAUUUCAGCCAAGUAA